CGAGUUCGUCCUCUACUACACUCACCUCUAAGUGUUCAAUAUGGCCCAACCAUGGAAAGCAUACGGAAGCUACUCCGCGUACAACGAAUGGUUCCUGAGGGAGGAGAAGAAGCGUCUGGAUAUGCCCGACGAAAGAGACGAAGACUUCCUAGCUCGUGUGUAUGGCAGGAAUCGAAUAAGGAAUGAUGCAAGCCACAACAACGAUGCAGGGACUUCGACAGCGCGCCGCGUGAGCAUUGAGAGACCAGAGGCUGUGAACACCGAUGUGGCGCAUAAUGAAGAACAGAACACGCCCAUUCCGCUGGAUGCUGCAUCGCCGCAGCAGAGUGGGCAGAAGCGUAAAGCACCCGCAGAGAGAACCGCAGAGCACUCUCAGGGCGUCUCGAAGAAGCGGAGAUUGAGCCCAGAACACGCCGAGGGAUCUGCCUCGGAGUGUUUGAAACGUGUUGAGGGCUCUACUUCCAGUGCUCCAGAAGUCCUGACACCACAACGAGCCGCCGACAUCCCAGCCAGUGGCGCCACUGCCCAUCAAAGGGGCCCAGCGUUGGAUACACCUAUUGUGCCUUCACAUAACAGAAUAAUGAAUGCCUCUCCAGUUCCAGAUGUGAGACAGCAACCGAAGCCUGCGAACACAUUGCAGCGACCUCUCAGUCCAGUCGUCGAUGUUGGAGCACGCAACAUCGAGCAACCGGUGCCCUCUUCGUCGCGAAUCAUUCCGACAGAAGCGCAGGCCACAUCUAACGAUGUAGUGAAGCCUCCCAAGACCCGUUCGUCCAAUCAUGCGGUGCGCAAGAAUGCUGCUCUCAUCAGCAAAGUCAUCAAAGUCUUCGGUGGCGGGUCUGGACCAGAUGCAGCUCACAGUAGCAGUUCCGUAACAACUCCCGCGGCUUCGGGGCCAUCCUCGUCGAAAGCGAACCUCGCGCGUGGGAAGGCAGCAGCAGAGCCGAAGACGAAGACGGGUCCUCUCAAGAACCAGAAGUCGGGCAAGAAGAAAAGAGAGCUGGUCACUCCGUUAGAAUAUGCCCAGCGCCUCCAGGACCAAUUGUCCGAAAUGGCUGCGACGCGGAAGAGCCGCGUCUCGCCCUACUUGCGGGGAAAGAGGAUCUACUAUUAUGGUGGAGACAUGAAGUAUGCGAGCGAAGAGACGAGGGGACGCAUGGAUCAUAUUGUCAAGCAUGGUGGCACCAUCGUACCAAUCUACGACCCAUCCAUCAUCACGCACAUCGUCACUACCGACCAUCCGCCCAAGUCAGCAUUCCUGCAGGCGACCGGACUACGCUCGCUCAGUGAGAUCCCGGACCACAUUCCGACGGUGAAGUGGAGCUGGGUUGCCUCCAGAAGAGGGAACCCGGGCGUACCUGCCAGGAAGGGAGCAGAGAAGACAGAGCCGGGCGCCGACGACCCCGAUGGCGACAAGACCGAGCAGAUUGAAGAAGACAGCUCUGAGCCGCCAGCGAACUUCAACCUCAUGUUCCACGCGGUCUUCAAGGAACGAUUAGACGCCGGUAUACCUUCCUGCAUGAGUAAGGGCGGCUCGAAGGCACAGAAAGUCACGACCUUCACGGAGCAUGGUAUCUCUCGUCCUACCCUUCACAAACCGAGCGGACGAGAUACGAGCGGCAUCAGUACCAUAUCGGAAUUCACUGUCGAUCGGAUUGAGCCUAAAGACUCUACCAUUAUAUGCGGCUUCGACGAGUCAUCUUACCUGGGUAAACAACCUUCGGGAUCUAGCUCAAGGCUAUCUGAAGGCGCACCGGUCGCCGGGAGCUCCAGAGAUGCACUGAGAAGCAAGGACCGCGCAACUCCUGAAGCGGAUCCGUUGGCUCCGUUCUACGAACAGGCACGUGAGGAACGAGAAGCAGAAGAUGCGCGGCCUGGACUGAGCAGCGACGACGAACAGGACGAGGAGAUUGACAGCGGUGGGAAGCGUGGUACGACCCAUGCGGCGUCGAAGAAGAGGGGCUUCUUGUGCGACUCAAAGCCAGAAGAGGAUCCGGAAUGUGCAAAUCAGGACGUGAUCGAUAAGCUUCAAGAGCUGAAAGAACUACACAAGGCCAAACUAUCUGUAGAGGAUAACUGGAGAGUUUACACUUACGACAAAGCCAUAAGGGCACUCCGGUCUUACCCCAAGAGGAUACGGUCCUACGACGAGGCGCACGCCAUCCGAGGUAUUGGGGAUAAGACGGCACAGAAGAUCAUUGAAAUUCUGCAAACGGGGGAGUUGCGGAGAAUAGGAUACGAGAGGACGGAGGAUGUCGAAGCCAUCAACAUGUUCCAGGGCAUCUAUGGAGUCGGCCGUCAGACUGCUUUCAAGUGGUACGCUAGUGGUUGUCGAAAUCUGGACGACAUUCGCACGCGGAAGGGCGGUAUCAAGCUCAGUACAUGCCAAGAAAUCGGGCUCAGACAUUAUGCAGAUAUCAACUCUAGGAUGCCUCGAACUGAGGCCGCCGAUAUAUUCAAUAUGAUCAAGCCCAUAGCAUUGCAGAUCGACCCCAAGCUCUUCGUUGAGAUCAUGGGAAGCUACCGACGGGGGAAAGCAGAUUGUGGCGACAUCGAUAUCCUGAUUACUCGUCCAACAGACGAUGGAAAGACCCACCAAUGGGUGCUCCGCAAGCUCUUAGGUGAAUUGCACCACAGGGGAAUCAUCACAGAAGAUCUGUCAUUACCGGACUCAUUCGAUGACUUGGAACUAGUAUAUCGAGGGCUAUGUCGUCGAGAUUCGUCAAGCCAGAGGCGUAGAAUAGAUUUUUUGACCGUACCAUACAAAUCUAGGGGUGCAGCUCUUCUUUACUACACUGGCGAUGACAUCUUCAACCGUUCUCUACGACUGAAGGCGAACAAGAUGGGCUAUUCUUUGAACCAAAAGGGUCUGUUCCAAGGCGUUGUGCGCAACCCAAGCAAUAAGUUGGAAAAACUGAACGAAGGUACCAUCGUAGCGUCUGAGACUGAGGAGGAGAUUUUGCAAAUUUUAGGUGUACCAUGGCAGGAGCCCCAUGAGCGCAUACGGGGCUGAGCGCUGAGGCCUGAGGCCUGAGGAGGAGUAUUUGAUCGUAGACAGACCUCUCCAGAGUUUGAUCUCGCAGCCAUCAUGUGACAUUCUUCCUUGAGGGUGCGUUACCCGUUCCGAAGACCCGACGAGUCGAGGGGACAUUCCCAACCUCAACCGCCCAGAGAUUCAAUCUUCCUACUGAAGUUAUUCACCGAGCCGCAGGAGUACCGAAUGAGCGUCAGCAGCAGAAC